UUUCCGAAUCAACACAAAGAUGGCGGCCACCGGAGGGCCGCAACUUGAAAACCUUUAAAGUCUUUUUAGCCGUUCAGUGGACACGUUUCAUUUCUAUGACUGCAGCUGCGUGCUCGGUAAGCCUUUUUAAUGGCAGCUUUAGUGAUUUCCAAACAUCACGCAGAAGCCCGACGGUUAGCUCUGUGUACGCUUUAUAUUAGAGCCACUAACUGACGCUAGCAUUAGCUUUCACGCUAUAUUUGUUCAUGCUAUCGCGUGAUUUACAGCAUGCAGCUGUUCAGGGUCGUCUCCAACCGCUUCAAUUUCAACACCACCUGUUUAGCAGUACGUCGGAGGACGCCACCUGACGGUCCGUCCAGGUGCCACGAAACACGCGCACCCAUUCAAGUCCGACCACGAGCUUUUGAAGCUAAGUCGCUAGUAUGCUAAUGUCAGUCACAGUACAUGGAAAAUGCGCCGCUGGUGUUUAAGCGCUCUUACCUCACAGAAACCUGUACACCCCCCCGCUGUUCUUAGGCUGAGGUCAGGGAAGAGACGCUCCCGGCUCCGGUAACUUCCUUCCUUUCAGUACAGCGGACUUCAAAAUAAAAGUAAUGAAAUAAAAACAACGAACUCAUUCGCAAAUACAUCAACUACACAUGUUGGCUGCAUGCGUCCACAAAAUAUAUAUACUAGUAAUUGUAAGAAGAAAAUAUAAAUGAAGCCAACUGAUGAAUAUUUCUGACCGUGUUUAGAUUAUACAUUUAGGUAGUUAAUUGAAAUUAAAACUUUUUUUCUUUUUUUUAAACCGUGCUCAGUUUCACAGCAGUCACAGAAUCCUUUAACUCCUGAAAAGCUUCCUAUUCUUUUUUUUUUUUUUUUUGGCAUCAUCCCAAACAGGCGAAGGAAAAUCCCAAUAAAUUUAUUUUAGUUUCCGUUUUUUCCUAAACUUUUAUUCUGAUAAGCACCGGUAAGCGUUCAAAGGAAGUGAUGUGAAGCAUUUUGAAACUGAGCUGGAGAGCCGGGGCUGUUCGAGGCUCAGCCUCAACUUGCCGGUACAUGCCCAGCUGGGCGGUCCCGCUCAUGAGGCGCUCCAGCGGGCUGACGCUCGGCCUCGUCUCCCCCCGCAGAGCCAUGGACGCAGGAGAGCUGCAGGCUGGAUGCUUACAGAGCUUCUCCAAGCUGCCCGUGUGGAUUAUAGAACAUAUCUGGACUCACAAGAUGAUGGAUGUACAACAAGUUGUGGACCCGUCCUGCUGGCCAGACGUGGACUCCCAGCCUCUGAGUCUUGAAGACGCGUGGAGGCUGCGCGUGGUCUCUGCUCAGGUCUAUACUAUUGUGAGAAGCAGGGACAUGGAGCACUUUGAGAGAGUAAUAGGCUUUCUGGAAACCACCUACAGACUUCUACCCAGACUGGUGGCUGCCAUCAAACACAUGAAGAUCAUGUUUGGCCUGAAGACCAUGGUCAUUAUGUGGAUGCUGAAGGAGGGCCGGGGAAUGGUUGACACAGUGUCAAAAAUUGGCCAAUUCUUCCCAAGUAAACUACCCAAGUACCAGGAUCAGUGUAGCCAACAUGAAAUGUUCCUUAUGAGGAAGAACCACCUGGACUUUAGGACUCUGGCACAAACACUUGCUGUGGACAAAGACAGACGUGACGAUUACAUUAAGAAGGAGCUGGAGGAGCAGUAUGGUGAACGGUAUGCUCAGAAAGUCGAGGACAGGCUGCUGCAGUAUCUCCAUGAGCUGGAUGCUGUGUUACAGGGAGAUACCUACAUUGAUAAGAUCCUGAAGAAACAAAGUCCUGUGACUGAAGAGGAGAAGCUGCUUUUAGAGGUGAUAACCUCUGACCCCGCGACCAUAGCAACAACUCUGAAGAAACUGCUGCGCUGCGAUGCUGCUUACUGUCAUCAAGUAUCAAUAUCUCGGUCACCUCAGCUCUUAAAGUCGGGUCUGUAUGGAAGCUCGUCAAAGGCUCUUCUCCAGUCAGCAGGAAGCCAAACUCCUCCAGACCUUCAGCCGGAGGUUUUAAGAGGUGAUGAGGAGGACCCCCAGGAUGUGUCCACACACUCAGAUGUUCAAGGACAUCGGCGACUGGAGGAGGGCGAUGAGGUAAAUGAGACAGCAGAGGAGGAUGUUCAGGAGGCUGCCCCCACCCCUCAGUUCUGCUCCAAACACCUGCGAUGGGUGAAGAGCAUCCUGCGGGAGUGCUGUGACGAGCUCUCCGAGGAGCCGCUCCUUAAGACCAAUGCUUCUUCAUCUCCCCUGCUCUUCCAGUCAUCGUCUUCUACCUCUUCAUCACAUGACCUCACCCCGUCUGACCUCAUCCCACCUGAUCGGAGACAGACCCCCAGCCCUCUUCAGGCAGCAGCCCAAGCAUCCAGACCAGCUGGGUCACCUAGAUCAGCGAGUGACACGUCACACUCAAAAACGCCGCCUCAGGCCUUGUGUUCUACACACUCUGCACUGCCUGCUCUGCAGUCACCGCCGCUUCGACAAGGAGACAUCUGCUCCUUCGGGAGGGGCCGUAAACCCCACCAAGCAUUACCGGACCAGGUUCUUCUGGCAGCUUCUUCCAGGUCUGAGAUGCUAAGUUCUCCACACUCAGGAAACUUAAAAGAAACUUUGGCUUCAACAAAUAACAGUUCAUCUCCCAGGUGUCCAACACCAACGAGACAUGCUGGACUUCCAAGAAAGUUCAGACAGGUUUGCACCACCAACAGACACCAACAGUUGUUUGAGGGAUUCAGUCAAAACUCUGAGCAGUUUCAAGUCCCAAGUGCCUUUCAGAUGGGCGUUCCGCCCACAGCCAGUGACGUCAGUGUCUCUGGACCUCCUACACAAAUUACUUUGGUGUCUACGUCUCAGUCAGAGAGUUCGUCCUCAGCCUGCGCUGCCAGUGGAAUCCCAUCAUCGUCCAAGUCCUCUAAAAAAGUCGUCCCUCAGAGCUCCAUCGGGCGUCAUCGUCACUCACAAAAGCAAACGAGGCCUCCAUCAGGACCCACCCGACGCUCCACUCACUCCUCCUCUGCUUCGAAUAGGUCCAAAAGCAGCAGAACUCAGCUGAAGUUAUCGCUGCAGAGUCAGGCUGUGCUGCUGCAGUCCAAGCUGUUACAGCCCUGUGUGAGUCUCACCAGGCUGAGCGCUCAGGAGUGCCACCUAUGGAGAGUCACAGCCAGCCUCGGAGAGCCUGCGGAGCAAGGCAGCAGCAGUGAGGAAAGAAGGGAGGAAGACGAGGAAGACACACAGUCCUCCUUCGAUGUGAAUACGCUUUACACCACCUCCAGCAGUGAUGGAGGGCAGUCACCUGACUGUGACCCUGAUUAUAAUCCUCACAUCACAAAGAAAGCGCUUUUGUUAGAGUAUGAGAGAGCACGGAUGCUCAGUCAGUGUGACAACACCUGAACACAUUCAUCCAAACAGGAGCGGAGAUGUGAGGCCGGGACUCGAGGACAACAUUUAGCAGAAAGCUUUUAACCCGUCAACGGUUCUAUUUUUAGACUUUAUUUCAGCAAAGAUACGGUGCAGCACCUGUACAGGUGUGUAUCGAGUGCUCUGCUUUCUGAUAGAGUUGUGACAGAUGAGAAUAAAUGGCUCGGGGGGGGGGCUAACAUCCAGCAUUUCUGGACUUUUCCCCUGACAGGAAGUCCAAAUGAAGGUUCAUAUUUCUGGUUACAUAGUUUCUAUUUGCACAGUUCGGUUUCCUGCUUUCACCUGUAAUCUGUCUACAUCGGUGUGGCUUCUGUGCAUAUCCUUGGACUUGGACAGUACUUACAGUAACAGUCCUAUUUAAGAAUGAAAGAGCAGUAUUAUCUGAGUGCAGUUCUCAUAAUAAUGUAUGAAAUAUAUCUUGUGUGCUUUGCACAGAUGUGGUUACAGACUCCUAACAGCUCCAUGGAGUCCAUCACUUAAACCCAGACACAAAGCUCAGAGUUAGAGGUGACUGAUGGCAUCAUUCCUCUGACAGUGACGGCCCUGUCUCAGAGGUCAGGGGUCACCAUGUUGUCAUAUGCAUUGGAAUGAACUGAGAAAAAUGUGCAAACACAUUAAUUUGGUUUCCACUUCAUACGUGUUAUCAAUACUGUGCGAAGGUCUCGAGCCACCCCUCGUUUCUUUAUGUUUAGGAAAAUGGGAAAAGGAUGCAAACAUCUCUGAGGAGGCUUCAGUGAACAGCAGAUGGAUCGGCUGAAGGUCCAGAUGCAGCUCUCAGGUCCCGUCAGCUCUCUGCUGGAUUUGUUUCCUAUUUCUUAAGAAAUGGGACCAAAUGAAGUGCUUCUGUGACAGGCUGCUGCUAACAAAGAGCCUAAAGAUACAGUUUCAAACUGGUUCCUUGCUGCGUUGUGUGUAGAUACAACACUGGUUCAUCUCUUGGGUUUGGAACCUUUUUUUGUACUUGACUGAUGCACACGUCAGAGUUCAGAGGCUUAAAUAAAAAAACGGUCAGGUGGGAGGACCGAGCUGAACAUGAGUGAAAAAGCAGCCAAUGACCAAAGAAGAACUGAAAGAGCUUCAGGAGGAAGAACUGAUGCUCAUGACCACUUUAAAACAUUUAGUCUGGCUGCUUGGAAGCAAAACAUAAAGAGGGGUGGCUCAAGAAUUUUGCACAGUACUGUAUACUCUCUUCCUCAUGAGUCUGAAUUGGACUCAUCAUAUUUCAGUAAAAGCUCAGGUUCCUGCUCUUCGUCGGCUCUGAGGGCUCAGCCUGCUGUUCAAACCAGUCCAAAAAAAAAAAAGCUUCAAAUUUCAAGUUUUCUUUAAAAGCUGAGAUGGUUGAUUAUAGGCAACAGAUUCAUAUUUGAUGACUGGUGGGAUUGUUAUAGUUGUAUCAAAUAGUGACAUCACUGCAUCAAAGCUCGUGUCGCUGCAUCAGCAACAAAUAAAGUUUACUUCAGAUUUAUCUCUUUGAUAUAUUUGGUAUCAUUGCAAAUAUUUAUCCUUCAGCUGAAGGCCAGAUGGUUAUGAGUAGAGUAGAGUAGAGUAGAGUAGAGUAGAGUAGAGUAGAGUAGAGUAGAGUAGAGUAGAGUAGAGUAGAGUAGAGUAGAGUCUGCUGUCAGCUGAUGAGCAGAUGUGGACCUGCACUCUGAGGACUGCUCAUUGGUUGUCUGUCCCUGGCCUCUUACGUGCCUGUCUCCUCGUUCACCCAAUCAGAUCAAAGGCCUGACACAGUACCAGCUGUUUGUAGGAUGGUCAAAGGUCAGCCCUGAGGUCAGCCCCACCCGCUCUGUUUGCAGAUGUGUGUUUGCACAGCUCUAUUGGAGGGAACAGUAAAUAAGCUCAGCGUGACGCUGGAGGUGAAAUGAGGCCGCCGUUAGCGAGCUGCGAUUUCACAUUAGCAGCGUUUUGAGGGGUUAACAAUGAAGCUACCUGGAACGAUGCUGGGGAGGGUUUAAGUUGGGGGAGUGGCUGCUUUGAUUGGCAGGUGUGACGAUAAAAGGAGCCGUAGCUGCUCGUCUGAGGUGUUGGUGCUGACGUGCUGAGGUUGAUUUCCUCCAAAUAUCUCCACUUUGGCCUCGUCUGACUGAAGGACUUUGAUCCAGAGGUUUGUGGUUUCCUGAGCUGUGCUGCCAUGUUCCUCCUGCCGCUAUAAAGCCGGU